AGAGAUUUACAGGGUUUCUACGCUUGAGGGCGCCCUUUACAACUUCGCGCGCUUCGAGCAAAACGAGACGAACGACAUGAGCGACGGAGGAGAUGUAUGAACGGGAAAUUUCUCUUUUCUUCCAAACCGUAAGUCAUUUUUCACCCACUGCGGUUGUUCUUUGCACAAACACCGACUACCGAAGUGGAUUCCUACAUCAAGCUCCAUUCCUCUGUCCUGAAAGGACUCUCAUACUACCGAAAGGGGAACAGAUUUUGAAGAAAGCAUCUUCGGAGUCAAGUAAUGCAGAGCACUCCUGUGCCAGUUUUACAAGACGUGCCAAACUGCUAGCCCACCAAGUCAGGCACAGUGUUCAGGCCGAGUUGGAAUGCGAAAUUUGUUUGGAAUCUUUCACAUCCCAAGGCGAGCUUCAUGUACAUCAGAAACUUUGCGGAAGCCAUGAAUUCGAAGAGGAAUUAGAUGCUGAGGAUUUUGAUCCUGAGGACAUGAGUGAUGAAUCAGAAGAUGAAGAGAAUUAUUCAUUAAAAUCUAAGACUUCUUUAAAAACUCAUGGACAAAGAAAAGAAAAACUUUCCUAUGCUGAGAGUAAGGCCUGCUUCACCCAGAAAAGCACUCUUAAACGUCAGCAAGCCGUUCACUCCCAUAACACAUCUCUUGUUUGUGACUUUUGUGAUGUUGGUUUCUCCACAAACUCUCAGCUGAAACUCCAUCAAAGAAAACACGCAAAUCAAAAAAAAGUGUACGCCUGCCCCAUCUGUGGAAAGACUUUACCUUCUUCACUUCACGUAUCACAACAUAUAGCAAAUCCUACAAUCUGUGUUGAUGAGCUAUGUGGUAGUAAAGAAACAUUUCCCUGUGCUGAAUGUAACAAAUAUUUUAAACUUAAAAAGCAUCUUAAACAGCACCAAGUCAUCCACACCCGUAACACAUCUCUUGUUUGUGACCUGUGUGAAGUCUGUUUCUCCACAAAUUAUCAGUUGAAACUUCAUCAAAGAAAACACGCAAAUCAAAGAAAAGUGUACACUUGCCUCAUAUGUGGAAAAAACGUAACUACUGGACGUCACUAUUUGGAACAUGUAGGGAGUCAUGACCGUGAUUGUAAGAUCUGCGGUUACCAUUUCUCUUCAACUUAUGCCCUAAAGAUGCAUCAAGCUGUGCACACGAAAACAAGAGACUACAUUUGUGAUGUAUGUGGUAAAGGUUAUGGAAACCAAAAACGGCUGCAGUCUCAUCGAAGUAUUCAUAGCAAUGCGAAAUCAUACCUAUGUGAAGUUUGUGGUAAAGGGUUUCUCAAUAUAACACUUCUCUCUACACAUAGGCUUGUGCAUGGGAAAGAGAAACUGUGCUUGUGCACUACCUGUGGUAAGAAAUUCUCAACCAAAACUGGUGUCAAAAAUCAUGAGAAAUCUCACAUGAAAGAGAGGCUGAGGCCAAAUGUUUGCCACAUUUGUGGCGAUGCUUUCUUGCAACCCCAUCACCUGCAAAACCACUUAGAUGCUCAUUCCAAGGAGAGGCCUUUCAUCUGUAUGGUGUGUGAUAAAGCAUUCGUAUUAAAACAUCACUUGAAAGCCCACCUGAAAACCCAUACAGUCGAUUUUCGUUAAAUACAAACACUGUUUACACUAAUUCUGGUUAUAGCCAAUGUUGAUAAUGAGCUUGACACAUGUACAUGUACGUGCAUGUUCUCUGAUUGGAGACAAAAAGUCGUUUUUCUGUUUUUCUGAAGUACUUUUCACAGAUUCAAUAGGUUUAAUGGUUCGGAUCUGCUUAUUGGUGUAAGUCAGAGAUUUUCAUUAUUUGGUCAUUGAAAAGUUACAGAUUUUUAUUUUCCUAAAGAUGUAGGAACCCUGUAAAGAUGUCUGUCCUCAGUGCACUCAUACAAGUCUUGUUCUAGUUGUGGGGACCACACACCUGUUGAGCGAUAUUUAUUAUGGGGACCAAAGUCACUAUAUGGACAGCAGAAAGCCCCCCAUAAUUGGGUCCUAAAUUCCCUAAAAAAGACAACAUACAUGUAUGUUGAACAGGUGUAUACAUGUUUUAAACAUGAAGUGCUAUCUGAAAGAAACACAGUAUGUUUCAUUUGUUGUAAUUUUUUUAAAUGAUAAACGUUAAGUGCUUGUACAAAAUCUUUUUAUAGAGUUCCAUGUUUUCCCUCUAAACUUUUACUGCAUUGUUUUAGCACCUAGUGUAAUGACAUGCAACGAGAUAAUUUGUUUCAAAUGUGUGUACAAUUGUACAUAUAUGUAAAUGACUUGACAAAUUGAACAACUGUAUGUUUUAUGUUAUUUGCUCCAAUUGUAUGACUGCUCAAGAUGUUUGUACCUUUGUACAUGUACACAUUAAUCAUGUUAAUUAGGACCACCACUUUUGGGCAUUGAAUUUAGGCAUUCAAAUUUCCUUUUGAAUGCAUCUGAUGGAAAGUGCAUGGUACAAAAUGUGUCUGAUUGGAAGAAAACCGGAUAAUAUGAGCAGGUUGUUUGUAUCAAAGGGUUUUUUUGGGGGAAGGAAUGUUUCAGGGGCAUCAUGAGCAUUUGCCAAAAGGCACCAAGGGCGGACGCACAGAAUGUUCACCUCAGUGUUCAGUGUGCUGACUGGUCUGCCUUAAUUAGUGCUGUAGAUUAAACCUUUUUUGACGUUAGAGGGUGCUCAUUUCAGUAUAAAUUUUCCUUCAGAUUUCAUAAAUACCCAGGGUUCUGGGAAUUACAAUCAACUGAAAAAAGGAGAAAAGUCAUCUACAUUCCUUUCUUGGUGUAAUUACUGAACAAAACACAAACCCUCGGCAAUUGGCACAUUUCGAUUUGUGGAUGGUUGCACCAGGCGGUGGUCACUGGGAAUUAGUAGGGGGUUACAUGCCCCCAGGCCUCCCCCCCCCCCUACGGCUACGCCAAUGUUGGAGCUUAUCAGAAAAUAAAUUUCAUCAUGAAGCAUUGUCCGCCUGUACUCAGCUUUAAUAUUUUAAUAAAUUAGCCUAGUAUCCUGUCCACACAUACCUGGCAAUGUUUGCAUCAUUCAGUAUGACUGAAACUCAUAUUAUAACUGUGAAUGUCCAGGUCAGUGCCUCACUUUAGCCGUGCUUUAAGUUUGCCUUGAUUAAAUUGAGAGAGUGCUUGGACUUUUUAUAGCCACAGAUCUUGUUAAGGAAUGUCAUACUAGGUUGUGUGAUGGGAGGUUGAAUUAAACUUAUUGUAACAGCGGUCCUGGUCAGCCAGCAAGGGGCGCUAGCAUGGCUCCACGGUGGAGCCCGUUGCUGGGAGCCCCCUUUUGGAAGACUGGGACACCCGUUCAAGACGUUUUCCAUGCGUUUUUUGUUGUUGUGGAGAUAUAUGACAGAGUUGUAAAUAAAAAGUAUAGAAAUACAGCCAGAAAGACAGAGUUCAACGUGUGAUCCUUGACUGCAGUUGUUGUGAGAGGAAUCCCAGAUUCGGAUUGUUGCACUAUAUUGCAGAGUGCUUUGACCUCAGGAUUUUGUUUUUGUGAUUUCCUUCACUGAUCUGAGUCAGUUCGUACAUGUUUCUUACUGAAUUAUUAAGGUAGUUUGUGAUCUACGUAGGUCUUGAGACUUCACCCUGCUGCUGCCCCCUUUGCGUGCCUGCCCUCUGGUGACUUCA